ACGAUAGCGGCCGCGAAAGGCUCCUUUACCUGCAAUCUGUGGUGUCUCCUAGCAACCCGGCUGUGUGUGUGUGUGCGUGCGAGUGGAACCACAGUGGCUGAGGGCGCUAGAGGCGGGGGAAGGUGGAUCGCGCGUGCCGACUCGAGCCUGCCAGACGCGGCUUCAGCUAAUGACCGCCACGCACAUCAUCCUAUCGUCGCCGGAGAGAAUGUAAACUUCGGAAGCCUUGUCAGGAGCCUCGCCUAAGGUCGACUCAGCCUUGAAUCUUCUCAGCGAGGAGUGGCGAGGAGCGAGGGACCAUGGAGAUAGCUUCCAACCACACAGGCCUGCCUCUGGGCAUCCCGGAGCGAGCGAGCGCCCAGAGGCGCCGCAAGGAGGUGUACCGCCAGGAGCUGCUCCAGCAAAUGGGACAGCAGGCGAGCAACCGGAGGAAAGAGAAGGAGUUCGACCUGAAGGUGGCCGCGUCUGGAGCAGUUGACCCUGAAAAAGAGCCCGGGCGUCUUCGGGAGUUCUCCGCCGUGGUUCGCGAGCCGCUCCGGAGCCGCGUGCGCCCGGGGGGCCGCGUGGUCGCUGAGUCGGGACCUCCGCUCGGCCGGGCCGCCCCUCAUGCCUGGCACCGCGACGGGGGACAUGGGCAGCGGCCGGACGAGGUCCCCGGAGCGGGAGGAGGAGGAGCAGGAGGGGGAGCAGGAGGGGGAGCAGGGGAUGAGUUCAGGGGAUCUGGAGGCCCGAACCCCUUCAUGUCUUGGGACAUGCUCGCUCUCAUGAUGUCUCCCCGUGCCGCGGCCCCACAUCCGGCGCCACCGCCUCCACUCAUGAUGGACAGCACGCGGACCCCGUACGACGAGGCCUACUUCUUCUAUGGGGCCCACGACCCCCUGGACCCCAGCCUGACCCACCGAGGGCGCCCGUUCGGGGUUCAGCACUCGGCGGACGACCUCGCCCCGUACAGGCAUCGUCAGCAGGGUCCGGGCGCCUCUGUGGCGGUGCCGGGGCCCCAGAGAGUCACGGCGGUCAGCGGCGCGCGCAGGGCCGUGGGCCCCACGUCCCAACUGGGCUCCGAUUUCGUGCCGGGCUCCGCCGACCGCAGCAAACAGCGCGAGAAACACCAGCGCUACCAGGAGGAGCUGGAGGAGCAGAUGCACGUGCAGGACGUGCGGCGUCAGCGUCAGCGGGAGGAGCGCGAGCGCUACGAGUCACGCAUCGAGGAGGAGGCGAGCGCGUUCAGCCCCUGGGGCAAGGGCGGGGGCGGUGCUCCUCUCCGCGACGCGGAUGGGAACCUCAUCACCGACCUCAAGCAGAUGCACAAGCAGAAUGAGGAGGCGUACAAGAACCCACACCACCGGCCGCGGGGAGACGCCCGUGCCGUCCUCUCCCUGGACCUCAACCUCGCCACGCCACGCGCAGACAUGGGGGGGGGCGGCGACAGCCCCCACAAGUACCCAGGCUUCGGCUACGCCUACCGGGGCGCCCUGCAGAACACGGGGCCCGUGACGGAGCAGCAGGCACGGGCGCAGGGCCUCUACAAGGACUUCCUGAAGCAGCAGAUCGAGGAGAAGCGACGGCGCGAGGCCGAGGAGCGAGCUCGCACGCGAGCGGACGAGGAGCGUGAGGAGCGGCGGCUGCAGCAGCAACGCGAGAGCAUCCGCGCCGAGUACGAGCACGAGCAGGCACGCCGCCAGCGCCAGGGCCUCGAGCACAGAGCCAAGAACGAGGAGGUGCUCAGGGAGGCGGAGGAGAAGCUGAGGAGGGAGAGCGAGGAGCGGAGGCUGCGCGACGACGCCGAGCGGAGGAAGCAGCGGGAGGAGUCUCCCCGGGCACGCGAGCAGCCGCGAGGGGGCCAGCGAGUAACCGACUCGCCCCCCGUGCCGGCGCUCAUGAAGGAGCGGAGGCGCAGCGCGGAGAGGAGGGCCGCCACUCCCCCCAAAGCUCUCAAGUACGAACGACCGGAUACGGUGUCGAGCAUCGGCUCUGCACGGAGGCAUGUGAUGAGGGAUGGCGAGCAGGGCGCCCUCUCUGACCUCUCGCACCUGCGGCAGCAGCUGCGCAGCGAGCGCCAGCAGCUCGAGGGGGAGCUCCGCGCGGCCGGGAGGGCCUCGCCUGAAGACCGGCCCUCGCCGGCGCCGCGAAGGCGCCGUGAGAAGGAGAGGCCCCGCUCGGCCGUGCGUGUAAUCAUGCCGCCCACGCCCGUGGAGGAGCUCAACUUCCAGGCCCUGCGAGACUUUCACGACCUCAAGUACCGCGUGGACUCGCCGUCCCGUGCCGCCCUGCGCCGCCUUUUCCCCGAGCCGGCCACGGACGCCGCGGCGCUGGAGCUGCAGCAGACGACGCUACUGGGCGAGCAGCAGCGCAAGCUGCACGCGCUACACGCGCGGCUGCACGGCACGGGAGACUUGUUCCCAGCAGCUGCUGCCCCUUUUACCGUGAACGCGGCGGAGCGGCCACCAUUCUCCCACCCCGGCCUCGAGCCCCGAGCCCCGUUUCUUGGCUCACUCGGUGACGACUUCAUGAUGGGCGACCUGGCGGACGUGCCCAGAGCACGCAGGGUGAGCUUUGUGGAUCCCAGCAGCUCCCCGCCCGGCACGCCCCCCACCGCCGGGUCGGCUCUCCGCCUGCUGCCCGACUCCUUUUCCCUGGGCUCCACCUCGUCGAGCCUCAACGUGGAGAGGAUCCAAGCGCGCAACCACGAGCGGCUGCGACGUCUCCACGGGUGGGACAACGACGUGGCGGCGGGGCACGGCGAGGCGUCACCCCUCUUCAUCCCCGGGCGUCACCGUCCCGGAUCCGCCAUCUCCGCUGACUCCAUCACCUCCGUUGCCACGGAGCCCUGGCUCAGGCCUGGCUCUCGGGGCAGCCUGCGCCUCGACUUGGGCGUUCUGUCGACUGGUGCUGGGGACUAGAGCUGCGCCAUCCGGUCAUUUAAGUAAUUGGUCACUCACCCGAUUACCGGUAACUCACCUGAUUAUAAUUAUCGGUCACUCACCCAAUUAUCGGUUGAAUUAAUCGACUCAUCGGCUAUAACACAUGUGCCACUGGACGGGAGGUGAUGGGCAGGGCUUGCUGACAUCAUCAGCUGUUGUGUCACGCUGGGCGUGGCUUGCAGGGGGUUUCCUGCCUUCAGAAGGCAGGAUGUUUUGGCCGCCACGAUUUUUAAAGGGGCCCCCAAGUAAUCGAUCACAAAUCGAGCAGUCGAUCACGAUUUGUAGCCAAGUAAUGGACUUGCAGUGAGUGGGUUCAUUAACCCGUCUGUUCGGACUGGCGAGUGUUGUCUUCUUGCAUGUGCAUUGGUUUCCUCCGGAUAUUCAGGUUUCCUCCCGCACUAAAAAAUACUUAUUUUUAAGUAAUUGAACUUUAUGGCGGCACCCCAGGGUACCAUAUUACCCCGGCUCUUGCAUAAUGUCCGCGAUGUAGUCAUUUUUAGUCUGUUGAUGGUCGGCGAUGCGGCAAUUGACUCAUCUCGAUGAGCUGUAGACGAUGCACCACUAUGGUGCAUUCGAGCAUUCAGGGUUUCAGCGCAAAUCGUCCUCGCUGCGUUUCGACAUUGCUGAGUAGCACUGAUUUCGGAUUCAUUGGUACCCUAGUCGCGGAGUUAAGUACACCCCUCGACAAAAUAGUGUCCCAGAAAUAAAAUAUUUAAUUUUGUAUUAUUUGGAAAACUGGGGUAUCGCCAUUAGGAUCAAUUGACCAAAUCACCGAAAUCAGGAUCAGUACUGCAGUGGACAUUGGGGUGAAGCUCUCUUGGAAGAUAAACAGCUUCCAUUUUCCACUUGGAUUUAAUUGUGUGCACCACAGUGUAAACUAAAACGAAACAAUUUUUUUAUAUUACCAGGUAAGGGCCACUGAGCUAGGUAGCUUUCUUUCAGAAGCCACCUGGCCACAGAUGAUAGCCCAACGAAGUGGCUUAUUACCUGGAGAUUUAUAUAGCAGCCAAAGACUCUUACGCAUGAUGUUGAUUCCAAAUGUGGAGGGAAAAACCGGAGGACCCGGAAAAAUAAAUCUACACGACCAAUGGGAAAACAUGCAAAAUCCAAAUAUACAACCAGCUUAAGCAUCGGGAUCGAACCCACAACGUCCUGUAUACCAGGCGAGGUAGUUAACAUCUCUACGGGGAGAGAGACACGCAAACUCCAAAUAUACAGCAGGCGUCAGGGUCGGGAUCGAACCCACGACCUCCUGUAUACCAGGCGAGGUAGUUAACAUCUCCACGGGGAGAGAGACACGCAAACUCCAAAUAUACAGCAGGCGUCAGGGUCGGGAUCGAACCCACGACCUCCUGUAUACUAGGCAGAAGCAUUGGGGGGGGGGGCGUGCCCCCCACAACCCCUACCCCCGACGGCAACUCACGUGGAGUGGGGCGGCCCCCCUCCGAACGCCCGUGAGGCCGUUUUAAGGACUCGCCCCAUGGGCCGAGCGUCUGAUCAGUGCCCCGAGAUGGCCAAAUCGACAUUCAACCGCACAUUCCUAAUCAUGGGUUCAUCAUGAUUAUUAUUUUUACUACACACAAUUCCGUGCCUUGUUGUUAGUGCGCUGCACCUGCUGCUUUGAUCCGAGGACUUCAAAGCUGCCCCUGGGAGUCAGCUGCGGGGCUCGAGGGCUGAGGCUGGACCCGCCGCUGCGAGGGUUGACACGAGAACUCCCUUAUUAACGCCGCUCAAGUCACACGCUGCCGCUGCUGCGCGCACACGCCCCCCUCUCUCUCUCGCUUGGAAACAAACAGCCCCAGCAUCAGAAGCAGCAGCAGCAGCCUCUUGUAAAUUUCUGAGCACAGGCACAAAAGCUCAGGGUGCCACGUGCCAUCUCAGACCAUGGUCAGUCCACCGCUGGAGGAGAAGGCCUACAACAAAAUCCGGCGCGACCUCUCGCGGUCCCGCGAUGUCAAAAUUUACCCGGCACCUGCGCACAAACGGGGUUCAUUGCUCUUCGGGGUGUAACAAUAGAGAGGGAAGGCUUAAGAAGAUAAGUGACUUGCGAGACGAGACGACGGGAGAGAACCCGAAAGGGGAGUGGUGACAGGGAAGAAGCAGAAAUGGAAGUGGUGUUGCCUGCAGUGUGGUGAGUGGGUGAGUGGGGUGAAUGGGUGAGUGAGUGGUUGGGUGAGUGAGUGGUUGGGUGAGUGGAGUGAGUGGGUGGAUGGGUGAGUGAGUGGGCGAUUGAGUGCGUUAGUGGGUGAGUGAUUGAGUGAGUGGGUGCG